GAACGCUGAACCUGCGCCGAACUAAUUGACAACCAUGGCCGAAGCUGGCGAGAAGAAAUACGUCCUCCAGACCGUACCCUUCGAUGCGCGGUUCCCCAAUCAGAACCAGACCAUGAACUGCUUCCAAAACUACUGCGACUACUUCAAGUGCAUCAAGGCCAAGGGUGACGAUUACGCCCCGUGCAAGCAGUUCAAGCGCACCUACCGCACACUCUGCCCCAACGAAUGGGUGGCGAAGUGGGACGAGCAGCGGGAAGCCGGUACUUUCCCGGGCAACCUUGAGCCCUGAGUGGCUAAUCGUUGGGCGUACACCAAGCGUCAGCAACAAUACUACAUUCUUUGCAAGCUCGAUCGCUUCUGCUUGAUUCAUGAGUUCACAUUGCCCCCACAUCUGUCGUGG